AACCAGAUUUUGCGCACCGACGCACUGACUGUGGAUCAGCAGAGAUGGGAGCUUCACAGACGCGCGUCGAGCACAAGUACCAGGACCUGGCAGAUAAAACAGGAUUUUCACUGGAGCAGAUCAAUAACCUACACAAAAGAUUCCAGCAGCUGAGUGACAAUGAAGAGACAAUAAGUAGAGAUAACUUGGACAGCAUACCAGCCCUCGCCAACAACCCAAUCAGAAAGCAAAUUAUUGAAGCGUUCUUUGAUAAAAGAAACCAGCAUCAGGAUGAGGUGGGCUCCUGCGAUGAGAUUGGCUUCGAGCAGUUCCUCAUGGUCAUGUCCCACUUUCGCCCUCCAACCUUGAAGACGACGGUGGAGGAGAAGGAAGCUAUGAGGAAAGAGAAGCUUCGCUUCCUUUUCAACAUGCAUGACACAGACAAUGAUGGCACCAUCACUCUGGUGGAGUACAGGAAGGUAGUAGAGGAGCUCCUGUCAAAAAGUGGAGACAUCGGGCUGGAGGCUGCCAGGGCGAUAGCAGAUGCUGCCAUGUUGGAAGUGGCAAGCACAAAUGUGCCCCACAUGGGCCCAGAUGAUUUCUAUGAAGGAAUUACGUUUGAGCAUUUUGAAGAGAUUUUAAAAGGACUUGAGAUGGAGACUCGGAUGCACAUUCGCUUUUUAGAUGUAAACACCGCGACAAUGGCUUGUGGGAAAACAACCUCUUGAAACUGUUGUUCUUGUUCAGAAUUGUUUAUGUUGCUUCUGUUUUUAGCAGAGCCUCUACAGUCCUUAAAUGGGAUGAAGCCAAACACUUGAAAUGCACUAAUACAUUUUUGGAUUGAGGGGGAAAUAAUUAUAGACCUAGUACCGUAGUAUAAGCACAUUUUUAUACGAAUUAAUAAAAGACUGAAGAUGGUGGAAGUAUUUGGGUGUGAAAGGUUUAAACCUGAAUAAUUCACUUUUUUUUAAUCAUAGUGAUCCUACAAGUGUCACACAUAGAUUUGUUUCCCAUCUUUUACUACAUUCCUAUCAGGUUUCAAGCUAACACUACCUCUAUGCAUUCUCCUGCUAUUCCACUAAUCUUUAUGUAACCAGCAUGCAUUGUGAAUAAUUCUUUGUACGUCAGUAAAAAAACUUGUUAGAUGAAGUCGGUCAUGAUCAGUGGCUGUUCUGGCAUUCAUGGGGUCAUCUGUUCUGGCUCAUGUCCAAAGAGUGAGACUGCAUGCACAUACCAGUCCUAUGAAGCUCCAGAAUGGUUACAGGUUCAAUUUACUCUAUUCUGCUGAGAUGAUAUGUAACCAACCAACUGCUGUGAAAAUCCACCUUUUUUUGAUCACUACUGAGUAAAUCUAACACUUUCUAUGAGAUGAAUUAUUACAGAAUUUGUACUGAAUUGUAUUAAUGAACAAAAUAAAUUUAUAAAUUAUGAUAAAA